AUUAAGGAGCCUCUCUCCUUCUCUUUGUUCAAUCAGACCGUUACGAAUCAAAAAAAAAAAAAAAAAAAAAAGUUGCAAACUUUGUGAGGAAGAAGAAGACGAUACAGUAAUGGAAGAUACAAUCUCAAACCCUAGUAUGGAAUCUCUGUUUUUUUCCGUUGAUUCAAUCUCCGAUACACAACAAAAACUCAAGCUUUUGGUUGAUAAUGGUGAUUACGGAUUCGAAAGAGGAUCUAGAUAUGGAGAAUACGCGAGAUUACGAGAAUCGAAGCUUCGAAUGAAACGAGACUUCGAGAAGAUUCUUAAGGAAGAGGAAUUGAGAUUUGGUUUUAAUAGAGAAGAAGAAAUCAGAGUUUUGCCGGAGAAGAAGACUAGAUUCGGAUUUAUUCAGAAUCAGAGGAAAACGUCGUCGUCUUCUUCAUUGGCUCAAUCGGUUCCUGAUUUCUCUGCUAUGAUUCGUAAAGAGAAUCGUCGACCACCGGUUAAUUCGAAUUUGAUUCCUCGGAGAACAGAACUAACUCCACCGCCGAUGAAGAGUAGAAACGCUGCCGUUUUCGCUGGUUCGGUGGCGAGAGGAAGUGUAUCAGCGAGUGCUGGUGAGAAGAAAGGUAUUGGGAUGAUGCGUAAGAGUUACGCUGCUGUUGAUGAUCUUAAGAAAAUAUCUAUGGCUGCUGCUUCAGCCAUUAACGGCGGUGGAGGAAAAAGGAAAUCUAUCGGCGGUGGCGGAGGAGGAGGAGGAAGGAAAUCAAUUGGCGGUGGUGGUCGGAGUAUUCUAGGUUACAGACAAAUUUACUGAUUCUUUGAUCUUGUUUGCCUCUAAAAUCUAACAUUUGUUGCUCAAAGUUUGUUUUUUUUUCUUCUACGAGUGUCUGUGUUUAAUGGGUUUUUGAUUGAUAAAGAUUAGUCCUUUUUCUGAUU